AUGGAUAAUUUAAAUGUAUAAUAAGAAAGAGCAGAAUAAGCAUUAGAAUAUUACAAAUCUGCAGCAGUUAAAUUUAAACUUGCAAAAAGCUGGGAUGAUGCAGCUGAAGCAUAUAUUAGAUGUGCAAAAUGUGAAUAGGCUGGAGAUGGAGGCAAUGCAGGCGAAUAUUAUGUAGAGGCAGCUAAUAUGAAAAAGAAGAAUAAUACUUCUGAAGCUAUAAAAUAUUUUGAAGAAGCAAUUUAAUUUUUUUGUAAAGAAAAUAGAUUUGGAUAUGCAGCAAAACUAAAAAAAUAAAUAGCUGAAAUAUUCGAGUAAGAUUUAGAAACAGAUUUAGCCAUUAAAGCUUAUGAAGAAUCAGCCGAUUUAUUUUUUGCCGAAAAUGAUUAAUCUUCAGAUUAUUAUAAUUCAAAAAUAAAAGUUGCUGAUUUAAUGACAAGUAAAACUGAUUAAUAAGUUAAUUAUAUAGAGGCUAUCAAAAUAUAUGAAUAAGUUGGAUAUAAAUAUUGUGAAAAUAAACUUUUAUAAGGAACUGCAAAAAAUAUUUUCUUUAAAGCCGCAUUACUUUAUUUAUGCAAUGAUGAUUCUGUAGGUUGUGGAAUUGCUUUAGAAAAAUUUAUGGACUCUUGCCCUCCAUUUAAUAAUACUAGGUAGUCUAAGUUUUUAUAAGAAUUAAUAAAAUGUUUUGAUGAAAAAAAUAUGGAAGAUUUUUCUACUUAAUGUUAUGAGUUUAAUCAAAUAAUUCCACUUGAUAAAUGGUAAGUUAGUGUUCUUAAUAAAAUUAAAGAAAAAAUGAAAUCAGGAGAAUAAGUUGGAGUAGAAGGAGAUGGAGGAAUUCUUUGA